AUGAUUCGACCCAUUUCUGCAACUGGACAGGGUGUUUCUCUUUCACCAAAAUCACUUCACGGGCAACCUCCCACAGGAAGUUGGCCGGCUAGGAAAAUAUUAAGGCGGCCAGGACUUCGAAAUAAUUCACUCUCAGGUGAGAUUCCUUCAAAUCUAUCUCGGUGUCAGAAUCUUGUAGAACUUGAUCUUGGAAGGAAUAACUUCAUAGACAUUUUUCCUAAUGAGUUUGAAUCACUCACUAAGCUUGUAUACAUAAUCCUCGACCAGAAUAACCUAACCAGAAAAAUUCCCAAGUUUUUAGGAAACUUUACAUCCCUUGUAAAAAUAUCCGCUAAGUCAACUAAUAUCCAUGGAAUCAUUCCAGAUACUCUUGGCCAGUUAUCCAAUUUGUGGUUUUUUGAGUUCCCAUCGAAUAUGCUUUCAGGCAUUUUGCCAUCUUCGUUUUUCAAUCUUUCGUCAUUGACAGUAAUAAAUUUGCCUCAAAAUUUGAUUGGUGGGAAUCUCCGUGCAGACUUUGCACAAAAAUUUCCUAAACUAACAUUUUUAUACCUUUCUAUAAAUAAAUUUACUGGACCUAUUCCAGUUUCGUUAUCUAAUGCCUCGAAUCUUCAAGAGCUAGCACUUAGUUACAACUUAUUCACUGGAACAGUACCUAGCUAUGAUCAGCAAACAAGAUUGACAUGGUUUGCCAUUGGUGAUAAUAAACUCGGGAAUGGAAAACCUGAUAACUUAAAUUUUGUAUCAUCUUUGGCCAACUGUACUAACUUAACUGUCUUGGCCUUCGGUGCCAACAAUCUUGGAGGAGUCCUGCCGAAAUCACUGUGCAACUUUACUCAACUCACUCAACUCAUAAUAACAGGAAGUUUAAUUUCUGGGAAUAUCCCCUCUGAAAUUGGACAGCUAGUAAACAUUAAUAGACUGGUGCUAAGCAACAACCAAUUAAUGGGAAGAGUUCCAGAAUCAAUUGGGAAUCUUGAAAAUGUGGUUGAAUUGUCACUCCGUGAUAACUCAUUAUCAGGUUCCAUACCUAUCUCAAUAGGAAAUCUCACACUAUUGAGUCGAUUGAACUUACAAUAUAACCAUCUUGAGGGAACUGUUCCGUAUAGUCUAUCAAACUGUAGGAAGUUGCAGUUGUUGCUACUUAACCAUAAUAAUCUCAAUGGUGACAUCCCGAAAGAGAUUUUCAGUUUAUCUAGCUUGACGAUAUCUCUUGACCUUUCUGAUAACCAUUUUGUGGGUUCACUUCCUUCCGAAGUCAGCAACUUAAAGAAUUUGGUUUCUUUUAAUAUUUCAAACAACAAGAUGUCUGGGGUAAUUCCACCAAGUCUUGGAGCAUGCACGAGUUUGGUUGUAUUAUCUGUUAGAAUAUGA